UGUAAACAAACCAGCAACAACAUCGGAAGACGAACGCAGGAGUAGAUUAAAUCCACGCUGUGGACUUUCGUGUGUGGUGAGCAGUUGUGAUAUUUACAAUAAAGAGCCACAUAUUUUUGGAAUCCAGUUGACCAUGGAUUUGAAUUGUGUCUUGAAGGUAGAAGAAUUUGAAGAGGAAAUUUGUUCAAGACAGGAAAUAAAAAGGGAAGAAGAGCCUCAUGACAUCAAACAGGAAGAAAAUACAGAGAUCUCCAUUGUGGUGAAGCAGGAGGAGGAAAUAAAGCAGGAGCAUCCUUCAGUUGGACCGCUCCCUUCUGAGGACACUAAAGUGGAGUUUGGACCGCUUCCUUCUGAGGACACUAAGGAGGGUGUAGGAUCGCUGCCUUAUGAGGACACUAAGGAGGGUGUUGGAUCGCUGCCUUAUGAGGACACUAAGGAGGGUGUUGGACCGCUGCCUUCUGUGGACACUAAGGAGGGUGUAAGAAUACUGCCUUCUGAGGAUGUAGGAGCGGAGCCCUCAGAGGAUGUGAGAACACGCGCUGUGUCAGGCUACUACGUUUGGGGUAGCAUACCUUUCAUGUUCGAUCCAGAAUCGGAUCCGGAGGCGGAGCAAGAAGAGGCGACUCCAGCCAAAAAGCGACGAAAGGGCGUGCCAGUUUCUGAUUGGUGCACUUGUGGAAAUUGCAAAUUAAUGAAAAAGGAGUCUGAGAACAUUUGCUGCCAGGAGAUUCCACAGCUGACCCAGCGCCUUGGGGAGCUGGCCAAUCCGGUGCCAGGAUGCAUGACGGACCAUCCAGGGUUCCAUCCUGUCUGUCUGAACGUCUACAACCUCCAGAGAGCUUUCAACGCCUUCAGAUACCACCACGGCCGCCUGCGCAUCCGAUCACUUAAGCGACGUUACAAGUUUCUGGCACGCUGGAGCCUGGUGACGUGGUGUUGGGGUCUCCAGGGGCGAGAGAUUCGCGUGGGCAUCCCGUCCUGCGUCGCUCUGCGCAUUCGGCGCGAGUUUCCCCUCGUCCAAGGACCAGACGCCCCCAGACCUCCUCCCCUCCAUCGACGCCAGAAAACUACAACUGGUGCAUGUCAUUAGACUCCGGACGACGUGGAACUACAGCUGGUUCUAGAACUGGUAUAAGUCAUUAGACUCCCCUCCAUCGACGCCAACAACAACUACAACUGGACAACUGGUACAAGUCAUUAACCCCCCCCCCCCCCAUCGACGCCAGAGAUUUACAACUGGUACAACAAUAACGGUGGACCAAGUUUGUGUAAAUAGUUAUUAAUACUGUAGUUUCUUGGGCAUUUCAUUGUUGUUUUUUGACUUGUGUACAGUAUAUCACGAAAGUGAGUACACCCCUCACAGUUUUUGCAGAUUUGUGAGU